GAAUCGAGAAAUUGACAUUUAUUCUAAUUCUCGUGUAGCGGCCAAAAUCAGCUGACGACGAAUCGGCCCAAUCGGCCGUCAGCCGAGAUAAAACGAUUCGCUUUAUUGCGCUAUCGUCGCGCGUGUGCGUCUCAGUAGUGUGCGUUGCAAUAUAAUAAUAUAAUAAUAUAUGCAACACAAAUCGGUGUGAUUGUACUGCGCCGCACCAAUGACGACGACGACGACAACGAUGACAGUUGUGCUCUUUUUUUGGUCUGUUUUGACAUUUGACGAGUCAAUAUGGCAUCCUCGUCACAGAUGAGAGUCCGCAAUCUUUCGCGGUUAUUUUAGAGGGCUUUAUUCUCGCUAUUCCGCAAAGUCGCGUGUCGUAUUUGGACUCGGUAUUAAAUACUUCUGGCAGGGAAAUUCGACAAAUGACGCGAUUUCGGAUUAAUCGCGGUUAUCCUUGAUUUUAACACAAUCCUCGCGAUAGGAAUGUUUAGUCAGUAUAUUAGUUCUCCACUUCCGCGUAUUAUUACGUAAUCAUAAUAUUUAAAACACUAUCACAUCCGAGCGAUACUGGCAAGAAUAUGCACUUUCCUCCAUUGAUGUUCUGUUUUGAUUAGGAAAGUGCCCGAGAAAGUUUACAGUUUCUUUUAUACAAUUAAUUCGUGCACCAUUCACGUGACGUUAUUUUGACAUACGUUUUGACACGGAAGAAAAUUCUUCCGUUUUAUAUCAUCCUAUUUGACAUCAUAUGAUCUAAUAUGCGCGGGUACGAGAUUGUGAAUACACAGAUGACUAAUGUUGUAUGAAAAGUCAAUAGAGUAAAAAAGGACCAGAAAUUGUUAAAUGACAGCAGAAAUAUAAAAUGUUUGAAUCUCCAAGAAGUCUCCAGGAGGUUUGCAUCGAUUUCAUCUGCGGUAACGUUCUAGGCUUGUGCGAGGUUCAUCUCGGUGAUACAAGUCUACAUUCUUCCACUACUCCUAAUAGUACCAUUGUUUCCGAUCAACAAGAUGUCUGUACAUUGAAUAGUAAUAGUGCAGAAGUUGCUUUUGAUACUACAAUAGGUAGAACAUUAUCUAAUGAUGCUCCCUCCAACUCUGCAACUCGGCUUACCUUUAAGCAUCCAGACGCCUUUUUGCCGGCCGAAGUGUCGGAGCAAUUAUUAUCCAACCUGUGUGAAAAAAAAACUUUGUCCGACUUGACAAUUACACUUUUUGACUCCAAGACCACUAGAUUAAGGCAUGUACGACUGAAAGACGCGUCGACAUUAUCAGCUAAAGGCUUAAGUGUUCUUAAGCAACAUAAAGUUAUAGAUUUAAUAGUAAAUGGACUUAAAAUAACUGUUAAUGAUUUAAUUAGUUGUUUAGGUGAUUGGAGUAUACAAAAUCUUAGGUCGCUAAGUGUAGCUAAAGGAAGCUUUAUGGAUUUUUCAAGACAACGCAUGGUAGAUAUUGCAACAUUAAACAAAUUAAAGGCGCUUCACACCUUGAAUGUCUCAGGGACAGAAUUUAAUAAACAUGGUUUGGACAUAGUAGUCGAAGAUCUUCCCCUUUUAGAGAGCUUAGAUAUAUCUUGUACAAGAGUUGAUGAUAUAACACCGUUAAGAAAAUGUAAAGAUCGUUUAAAGACAUUAAAUAUGUACAAUUUAAAAAUAAGUGGGUGUGGAAGUUUAAUACCAGUAUUACUGGAGUUAAAUGAAUUAAGGCAUUUAGACAUUUCCGAUGAAAAAGAUCCACAUGGUUUUGAAGUUUUUGCACCAGCUAGGCCAAAAAUAACAGAUUUUCUAAGAGCUCUUAAUUGUAUGCCUUAUUUGACGACUUUAGAUUUGUCGGGUAAAGAUGAUAUAAAUUCGAAAGAUUUAAAAAAUUUUAUUGCAUCACAUGCACAUUUGAGGUUUCUGGGACUGGUGCAUUCUGAUGCUUGUUAUGAUGAAAGUUUCAUAGAUUCGACACAUGAAGAUUAUAGACCCGAACUUGUUAUUAGUGGUACAGCAACAGAAUGUCAAAUUUUGGAAGCUCUUAGAAGAUAUACAUACAGGCCAAUAUAUCUUCAAAAGUGUUUAUUUAAUUUAUUUCGUUUAACACCAAAUUUUCUCGAACCACGAGUCGAUGUGAUAAAAUUAGUGUUACCUGGAAUGAGAGAGCAUCCACAAGAAUUCCGUGUACAAAUGGCAGCUACUGCGUGUAUCUAUAAUCUCACUAAGGGUGAAUUAGCUCUUAUGAUUCAUCCAUCAAUACUUAAACAGAUAGUUGAAUUAACAUUAUUAGCAAUGGAAUCAUAUCCGACUAAUCAUCAACUUCAGAAAAACACACUAUUGACUUUAUGCAGCGAUAGAAUCUUACAGGAUGUUGCAUUUGACAAAUAUAGAUGUGCAAGAUUAGUUAUGAAUUGCUUAUCAACAUUUGAUGAUGCAUCUAUGAAUCGUAUGUCUGUGGCCAUUUGCUCAAUAUUAGCAGCAAAGAUAUCGACUGUGGAAACAUCUAUGCUAGGUGCACAACCACAAUACAUGUUGAAAUUGCUUUCAAUGGUUAGAUCUAAAGUCGAAUCUAAACUAGUAGAUAUUACAAUGAAAUUUACAUUAAGCGCUCUAUGGAAUUUAACGGAUGAAAGUGCUAUUACAUGUAAAGUCUUUCUCGAUGAAGGUGGAAUGGAAUUAUUUCUUGAAGUGUUGGAUAGCUUUCAAGGAGAAUCUAGUGUAGAAACUAAAGUUCUUGGUCUGUUAAACAAUAUUGCAGAGGUUGAUCACUUGAGACCACGGCUUAUGCAACCACGAUUUAUAAAAAUGCUUUCUAUGCUGCUCGAUUCUGAGCACAUUGACGUAUCCUAUUUCGCAGCUGGUAUUGCUGCACAUUUGCUUAGUGAUGGUCCUCGAUCUUGGCAUAAUAUGCCAUUGCAACCGAGUAGAGAGCAGUUAUUGGACCAACUGGUUCAUGCUGUAACUCAUUGGCAAACACCACAAGGAGAAAUGGUUGCCUAUCGUAGCUUUCAACCAUUUUUUCCACUAUUACGUUGUACAGAUGCAUAUCCUGUUCAGCUCUGGGCAGUAUGGGCAAUUCAUCAUGUAUGCACAAAGAAUCCAAAACGCUACUGUGUAAUGUUAAUUAGGGAAGGAGGAGUAGAAACGUUAAAACAACUUGAAAAGACAUAUACAGGAUAUACAAAACAAGCGACCUUCACAAUUUUUUUGGAAAGUUUAUGUCAAUCAAUUUUGGAAACCCUUGAAUUAAAUUCUUAACAAUAACUCUGUUGCUUUUCAAAAUCUAAAAAUUAAAUAUCAUGAUAUGCUAGUCAAUGUCUAUUUUAGUGCAAACCUUUAUCCUGUUCUUUAGACCAAAUAAAUAUGAAAAUUAUAUGGCCAUAUGGCCAUAUUUAUCAGAAAGACAGAUUGCAAUCAAACUACAAAUAAAUCCAAGAUAUUUUAAUCGCAGUUGAGUUAAUAUUUCGAGGUAUGUGCGUUUGUGUGUAUGUGUGCGUGUGUGUGUGCUACACUCAUUAGAUCUGAAUUGAAGAUCUGAAUUGAAAAAUAAAUAUAUCUCUAUGUUACACAGAGUGUGUUAUCUUUUAUAAAAUUGACACUGGAAAAACAUUCAAAUUACUUAGUAGUAAUUGUAUGGAAUAAGUUAUAAUUUUUCAUAGAUACUAACGGAUUUAUAACUUUAAAAUAAAUCGCAAAAUACUCUAAUUCUAAUAAUACAAUAGAGUUUCCUUACUGAUUUUUACACCAUUCUCUGUUAUUUAGCAUUUUUCUCCUUUCAUGCUGCUUUAUUAUUACAUAUUUCAUAUUUGCCUUAUUAUGUGAUUGAGUGUAGAGUGAGAAAGCAAAGAAACAUAAAAGGAGAGGUACACGCACACACACAGUCACGUAAUCAUGUAAAUGUGAAGUGGCGUAAAAAAAGAAACAGUAAAUUAGAGAAUAAUCAAUAUAAGGACCCUAUCAUAACUUGAAAAAAUGGGAAUACGCGAUUUAAAAAAAAAAAAGCAAAAAAUCUGCAUGCCUGCUGCGAAUUUAUUCUUUUGAACAAUUUGUAUUAUUAUUAAUACUUAUUAAUCUUUACAGUAGUUCUUAAAAUUUUAUUUAUAAAUUUAUUUUAUAUAUACAUAUAUAUAAAACUUGCAAAAAAUCGCAGAAUAAUCAACAUAGUAAUAUGUUUGUAAUGUUCCGAGAUAUAUUUAUAUUUUUAUGUUUUAUUCAAUAAAUGAUGAAUGUUGGACUUAGAUAUGACUUUGAGAUUCUAGUCUAAUUAGUAACUUAACUACUUUCUUAAAUUAAAUGAGUUAUUAAUUAUAUUCAAAUUAGAGAUAUAAUAAUCAGUACGUGUUUGUGUGUCAAGAAAAGAUCAAUAUAUUAAUUGUAUAAAUUAACUAUUUUAUGUAGUGUUUGCAAUUUUAAUGAAAAUUUUAUUAAUAACUGGUUGAAUAACUGAUUUAAUAUGUUGACACUUAUCUCCCAUAAAAAAUAUAUAGUUUAAGGAUUAUUUUUGGAUACUAAUAUCUGGUUAGAAUAUAUUUGAUAUAAUCUGAAAAUUUAGACUAGGAUCUCGUGUGAAUUAUAUAUACACAUAUAAUUAAUUGUAUAUAUUUUCUAGAAGAUUAUGCUAAUCUUUGUUUUAAUGUAAUUUAAAAAAUUAUGGGAUAUAUAUGUGUGAUAGUUUUGAAAUAAUUAUUAUUUUAUUAAAUGUAUCAUACUUUAAUACUACAAAUUCAGAUCUUCAAUCUAUUUUAUUAAUAAUUAUUACUUAACGGUGUCUUCAUUAUUAAAUAUUGAUAAAAACAUCUUGAAAAUUAAUUAUGCAUCACAUGCCUUCAGAGAUUAUACAAAAAAUCAGAAUUUGUAUUAUAAUAAGAAAGAAAUAUACAUAUUAAUAUUUAGAUUAUAUCUGUUAUUAAAAUAUUACAAAUUUAUAUGAACAAAAUUUAUUCUUCUGAUUAUUACAUGUUGACAUCUAAAAUGUAAAGAACGCCAGUUUGGAUGAUACUGAAUGUUAAAUAAACAUGCUACACCAU